UAUCACACAUCUCAAAUUUUUUUCUCAAGUCAGUCGGCUUAUGUCCAAUUUAUUGAUUAUUGUGUUUGUGUUAAUUCAAUACGGCAUAAUUGCAAACAAUUUUUCAAGAAUAUCAGUACAAACCUACAGUAUAACUUAUUCUUAAGGAGACAGCCAUGAACAUGGACGCCAAUACUGUCGAAAAUCGUGAAAAAGAGCGCGAUCGCCGUGGACGUGGCGCUCGCGGCUCACGUUUCUCAGAUGCUGAGGGUAACAAUGGUAAUGCCACCGGUGGAGGGGGAGGAGGAGGUGUUAAUGUUGCACGAGACAGAAGCCGUGAAAGACGCAAUUGCCGCGUCUAUAUCUCGAACAUUCCGUACGAUUAUCGUUGGCAAGACCUUAAGGAUCUAUUCCGCCGUAUUGUCGGCUCCAUUGAGUAUGUGCAAUUAUUCCACGAUGAAAGCGGCAAGGCACGUGGUUGCGGUAUUGUCGAGUUCAAAGAUCCAGAGAACGUGCAAAAGGCAAUGGAGAAAAUGAAUCGAUAUGAGCUCAACGGACGUGAGCUUGUCGUUAAGGAAGAUCAUGGUGAACAGCGCGAUCAAUACGGUCGCAUUGUGCGCGAUGGAGCAGGAGGUGGUGGCGGAGGCGGCGGUGGUGGUGGAGGAGGAGGAGGUGGUGGAAAUGGUGGAGGUCGUGAUCAUAUGGACGAUCGUGAUCGUGGCUUUUCGCGACGUGACGAUGACAGAAUAUCUGGGCGUAAUAAUUUUAACAUGAUGUCGAAUGAUUUUAAUUCGUCGAAUUACAAUUUAUAUGGGCUUUCUGCUUCGUUUUUGGAGAGUCUUGGCAUAAGUGGACCUUUGCAUAAUAAGGUUUUUGUUGCUAAUCUGGACUACAAGGUGGACAACAAGAAGCUUAAGCAAGUCUUUAAGCUUGCCGGAAAGGUGCAGAGUGUGGACUUAUCCCUGGAUAAGGAAGGCCACAGCCGUGGCUUUGCUGUAGUCGAAUAUGAUCAUCCAGUGGAGGCCGUACAGGCAAUUUCUAUGUUGGAUCGACAGAUGCUUUAUGAUCGUCGCAUGACAGUGCGUUUGGAUCGCAUACCCGACAAGGGUGAAGGUCUAAAGCUGCCCGAAGGAUUGGGUGGCGUUGGCAUAGGCCUGGGCCCCAACGGUGAGCCACUCAAAGAUGUGGCCCAUAAUCUGCCAAACGGUGGCAAUCAGAACGCUUCGCAGCUUCUUGGCAAUGUGCAGAGCGCCCAGCAGCUAUCCGCGGUGACUGGCGGUCCUGUUGUCGGCGGCGGUAACUCAAACGCAAGCAACUUACUGGGAAGCCUCAGUGGAGUCAUGUUUGGGAAUAACGCUGCUGUUCAGCCCUCUCCAGUGGCACCGGUACAAAAGCCCAGCAUGGGAAACAAUACUGGUGGUGGUGGCGGUGGCAUCAAUCUGAAUAAUUUAAACCCCAGCAAUUUGGCUGCUGUAGUUGGCAACUUGGGCAAUCUGGGUGCAGCGUUGUCAAACCCACUGCUCACCUCAUCGCUGAACACCCUAGGCCUUAAUCUAGGAAAUGCAGGCGGCAACGAUGACGGACUCGUCUCUGCCAGCAAUGUUGGUCUGACCAACAACUACAGUAGCGGUGGCGGCUAUGGUAAUGCUGGUAACAACUAUAAUAGUGGUGGCAACAGCGUUGGCACUGGCGGUGGGGGAGUUUCUGGGGGUAAUGUUGGCUUCAAUGCAUACAACAGUACUGGUGGCGCAAAUUCUGGUAACAACCAGCUCGAUGGCAAUGACUACGGGAAUUCUGGCAAUCAGUUGGACAUGUUUGGCGGUGGUGGAGGCAACGUCGGCGUAGGUGGUGGCAAUGUUGGCGUUGGUGGCGGCGCUGGCAAUCCCGGUGGCGGUGCCCGCAAGUCCGAUACGAUUAUUAUCAAGAAUGUGCCAUUGAGCUGCACCUGGCAAACACUGCGCGAUAAAUUCCGUGAUGUUGGCGAUGUCAAGUUUGCCGAGAUACGUGGCAAUGAUGUAGGCGUGGUGCGUUUCUUCAAGGAACGUGACGCGGAACUGGCCAUAGCUCUCAUGGAUGGCUCACGUCUGGAUGGUCGCACCAUUAAAGUAACUUACUUUUAAGCCACACUCCUUAGAUUUUUAGAAUGCAUUGUCCGUGUGAAUGAAUCGCAUGAACUUCUUGACACGACCAACGGCAUACUUUAACCAAGAACAGGCAGCAAAGCAAAGCAGAGGUGGCUAAGCUGUCGCAACGUUUUUAGUUCUUAGUAACCACAAACAAAUAAUUGUUUAAUUUUUAUACAUACGUUUACAUAACUCAUAACAAAAAUGAUCAUAAUAUAAUUAACUUUCCAAUACAGAAGACGCAAUUCAUGUAAUUUAUAAGUGAUUGAAGCCAAUAAAUAUAUAAAUAAUAUUU